UGGGCUGAAGGGAAGAGGAGAAGGGGAGGAGGGUGCUGGUGGGAGUCAGAUUGACUGACCACAGGAGCAUGGGCAUUGGCAGGAGGUGGCCACUGGGGACACAGCACUGUAGAGAGGGUGCACCACAGCCUGGAGGAUGCUGCCAUCCUCCCAGUAUAUUGGCCUCCAAGCUGCUCUUCACAGGUGCUUCGUCAGGCAGCCGCUUCUGAGCAGUGUGGUGUGAGAGGAGCAGUGGGGCCAUGGCCAUGUGCCCCCUCCAGCACCUCCUUUGUGCUCCAUUGGGUGCCUGAGUCUAAGAAGAUGCAAUAUGGGGGGUGAGGGUAAUGGUAACAUUCGGUAUCUUGAUUCCUGCAAUGGUUAUAUACAUUUCUCAAAACUUAACAGAACCAUCCACUUCAACAAGUGCAUUACAUUGCACGUGGCUUAUGGGAUCCUUUGCUAAUGGAUCAAACCCUCUGUGAUGCCUGUGAUCCUGGUGCUAGCUGAAGCUACGCAGGCAGGACAGGCCAGGCCUGCAAUACAGGUCUCUUCCUGUCAAAACAAAUUGCUCCCCCUUCCUAGAUCGAAGGGGUCAAUGCUACCAAGUGGCUGGUUGGUUUUCCUGAAGAAAAGCACCACCUGGGGACUCAGCAGUGGUCAUGGUUGACAGUUUGGACAUUUGGCAGAUUGAGUGAACCAGUGCGAUAUUUUGCUGGAUGUCAAGCCAGUCCAGGUCUCUUCAGACUAUUUAUGACAGAGGACAAAAGAGGUAAACAAGUCAAGGGUAAGUUCUAUCGUUUUCCAUUCUAAAUGAAUGUGAACUGUUCUCCCUUUUUUUCUGGUAUGGACAGACAAGGACCCAGCUGAUAGAUCCAUGGUGCAUCUAAUCUGCUCUAGCAAAGCUUCCCCAUCUGGCCAAGGAGCUGCCCACAGGGCUCCACCUUCAUUGGGCUGAGGUAGUCCACUGUCAUUCUAGGGUCUGUGGUUCAGGCAGGGCCCAGACUGGUGAAUGAAACCCUCAGAUUAUCGGGACCACUAUAUAUCCUUCGGGUUUUUAAGGGUGGCACAUAUUUCAGCCAUCUCCUCUCCGUACUGCAAGAUAAAAUAUUUUUUCUUUACUCUUUUGGCUGGGGUGGAGGCAGUUUCAGAGACUGACCUUCCCCACUCAAUAACUUGUCUCACCGCCCAGGGAACCAAGGUGGGUGUUAUGCCAUGUUCCCAUAACGUCUUUUUAAUUGCAUGUCCAGGACUGGGAAGUGACCACAAGGUGAGUGAGACCUGGGCCAGACCUCCAUUUUCAACCUUGCCUUGAUGAACCCUGACUCUAAUGGAGGCCAUGCUGAUUCUGUGUCAACUCUGCCCCUGGGUCCCACAGUCCUUGAAAGGUUUGGGUAUUCCUCUAGCUCAGCAUACUGAUAACCCAGUCAAAUGACUGCUGGGCCCUUUAGGUGAGGACUGAGGAAAUAAUUUGUGUUAUACACCUCUCCUUUAGUUGGUGGGUUCAGGUCAAAACUUGGCUUAGAUCUGGAAACUUGGCAAGGGUUCAUGGUUUUUAUUGGAACAGCUGCCCUUAGCCUGCCAAUCAUCCAUCCUUGAUUUCUUCUGAUCAAGGGCCGUGUCCUUGGUAGUGUCUCUCUGCCCCAGCAAUGCAGGUUCUAUGAACCAUCUCCAGAGCUCUGCACAUGGGUCACUGACUGCCGCUCGGCCUUGCCACUCCUUUUGGAAACUCUAUCCACCUGGCUUCUGAGGCUUACCCAGCUCCAGGCCGCUAGUGUGGGGCCGAACAUCCUCACUGCCGUCAGUGGUUCUGAUUCUGUGGCAGCAUCUCCUGUGGUCGCCUGACCUCUAGAGGAGAGCCAUCGCUGAAAUCGGCCAUGCUGGGGCCCCUCUCACCAGCACAUGCCUUAUGGCCUGGGAGAUGUGUUUCUUCAGCCCCUCCUGUGGACACAGUCAUCCACCAGGUGUUCUGCCUGACCCAGUACAUCCAUUCUAGCGUGCCCCCUUCUCUGAGCCUUUUAAUUCCUUCUUCCAUCAUCCAAGGAAUGCUGGCAUUUCAACCUUAGUAUAGACCGUUGCUUUUUUUCCCAUGUUUCAGGAGCCAUCCUGGCACAUAUUUGCUCUACUCCCUGGGGACCUGGCCAGCGUGUUAAAUCCUGUAUCCUGGGAGAGGGCUCCCAAAUCAGUAAAUGCUCCCUUAUCCCAGUUUAGGUUCUGCCCUCCCCAAUCUGCCUCUGUCACAUCCAGUCCCAAUCCUACCCCCCAGCCCCUGCCAGCACAUAGCAGCUGGUCCUGCAGCUCCUUUGGAUAUGGGGCUCCUCACACGCUAGUGAGCCAGAGUGGAGGCAGGGACAGAUCCUGGGGGUGCAUGAGCAAGUGGGGAGUGCUGCCCUCAGUGGGGAACAGCAGACAACUUCUGUGCACUUAGAGGGUCAGUGGACUCGAGGUUCGAGAGCUGGGGAUGCACCAACCCAGACGUCCCCCUUCCGUGUGUCAGCGCCCCAGGUCUUUACUAACCAGGGCCCUGACCUGACCCCACAGCCCUGUCUAGGGGGCGUUUGGCCUCUUUGGUGCUUGGCUGCUCUGGUGACCGAGCCUGGUCCUGUGCCCAGCUUCCUCAGCCGUGUGACUGCCGGAGAUUGGGCCUUUCAUGCGUUACCAAGGAGGUGCUCUGGCUCUCACGUUGAGCUUUCAUUUGCCUAUAAUCACUCUCAGCUGUUGCUUCUCUUUUUCCAAAGCCAUAACUGCUCAGCAGCAGCCAGCAGUUUCACACUCCUUGUAUUUACUGUGUCCUGAUGGCAUUGUGUGUUCUCUUCCACUGGAACACCCUCCCAGUUCAUCAGUGGUGGAGGUUUGAAUGAUGUCACUGCUACCUUGUGCCAGGGGCUGUCUGUGCUCCCCCUACCAACAGUGAUGGGAUACUUGUUGCCAGACAGACAGACAGUGAUAUAAAGUCUCAUCUUGGCAUCUUAGGACCAACUGUCACAUCCUGAUGUCCCCAGGAAGCAGACUGAGAUGCAGAUGAGCAGGCAGGAGCCUCAUGAGGGCAUGCUCCUGGGACCAACGCUGGGAAAGGGAAGGAAUGGAACAGGGUCAGGCAGAGGGAGCAGCUGGGCUGGGAUGCAGUCACAGCAGAAACCUCAGCUAAGCCUCAGGCAGGUCUGAAGCAGCACUGGGCCUUCAGCCUCAUCCCAAGUGUGGGUGAAGGGACUGGGCCUUAGACAACCCCACAUGAUGGGAUGUGGGCUGCCCCAGGAGGGGGAAUGGCCUUGUCCAGAUGGUUCUCCUCAGCUGAGGCUCUUCCCAGAGACCCGACAGCACUCCCAACAGCUGAGGGCAUGAGCUCGGGUCCUGGCGCAGAUCCAGACGGCUCAGCCCAGUGUCACUGCAACGUGGCUCAGGUGCUGGUGGGAGCCACUGAACAUUCUCUUCUCAUGCUUCAAAUGCCUCAGUUCAGCGGGAAGCCAUGUCACCCACUGAGAGGGAAGGUGCGGAGGACGCACGGGGCCUAAUGUGGUCUAACUCAGAAUAAGAACAGGAGCGCCUCUCCAGGGAGAUGCAAACUGAGUUAGAAUCCUGAUUAAACUGAGUUAGAAUCCUGAUUCCACUUGGACCUCCUCAUUUAAAUGGCCUCUUCAGUGUAACUCCUAAUUGGAAAACUUUUAAGUAUGUUUGGAACAACUUGCAUAUGAAAACCAACUUUUUCAGCUGGAAAGUGAAUGUGGUUUAAAUACAGAUCAAGUAUGUCUGAUUGAAAUUUAGCAUCCCAAUUGGGAUGUACCCUAAGUGUAAAAUACACACUGAUUUCAAAGACUAAGUAUGAAAAAAAGAAUGUAAAAUAUAACUUUAAAAUAUUGAUUAUGUGUUGAAAUGGUGAUAUUUGGUAUAUAUUUGGUUAAGUAACAUUAUUAAAAUUGAUUUACCAAGUUAUUUUUACAUUUUUAGUCAGGGUAGUAUAUAAUUUGAAAUUAAAUUUUUGGCUCAAAUAUGUUUGGACAGCGCUGGGCUAGAAGGAACGAAAGGGGGAAAGGCACAGCCAUGCUGUUUUCAAACUGGCCACCAGGUGGCAACCUCACCCCACGAGGGUGGUGCUCAGCCUCUCAGGAGGCCAGUUGGUACGGUGAUUAGCAGAAGAGUAACUCAAGUGAAAAAGGAACUCAGCCAGGCUUAUGCUUGCUAGGCCUGUUCUACAUUAGUCACACCUGACACUGGUUUGCAUGUUAAGGGUUGUUCAUGUAAUCAUGAAGUAUGUAGCCUUUGCUCUCUGCUUAACCACAGUUCUCCCCCACUGUGCUGGGAGUCUCCUUAAGAUUGAGCUUUUAACAGUAUUUCUUACAGUUUACUUUAAGUUCCACUCCUCUGCCCCCACCCUUCUCUCUCAUUUUAAUUUUCGCCCUUUCACUUGUUCCUUCUUCACAUCAGGUUCAGCUUUUCGGACUUUUUUCAUGUCCUUAGAAUUACGUAUGCCCCCUUAAUUUCAACAUAUUAUGACCCACCAUCAGAAGAGCAUUCUUUUCCAGGAGGCAAGAAAGAUCUGAGGAAAAACACUAGAAGAGAAAUGCAGAAGGGAAUCCAGUUCAAUUCCUACUAGGAUGCCAGGGAUCCGUGUCAUUCAUGGACGUGACUGUGGACUUCACUCAGGAGGAAUGGGAGCACCUGGACCCCUCUCAGAGGAUCCUGUACAUGGAGGUGAUGCUGGAGAAUUAUAACAACUUACUUUCAGUGGUGUGGAAGGCAGAUGACCAGAUGAAGAAGGUCCACAGAAUCCCCGAGGAGCAGGCGAGACAUUUUAUAAUCCUCAAGAACCAAACCCCAAUUGAGGAAAGAGGUAAUCUCUUUGGAAAAACAUUUAAUCAGAGCACAGACUUGGUUUCUUUAAGACACGAAUCCUAUAAAUAUGAUUUAUGUGAAAAAACUUUGAAAUAUAAUUCAGACUUAUAUAAUAGUAAUUGCUAUGCAAGAAAGAAGGCUGGUGAAUGUAAUGGAUUUGAGAAACCACUCCUCUAUCUGAAACACGAGAAAACCCAUACUGGAGUGGAAUACUCUGAAAAUAAUAAAAAUGGAAAAGACUUCAGCCGUAAGGAAACCAUAUACAAACAUCAGAAAAAUAGAAAUUUGGUUUCACCUUUAAUUUGUAAUUACUGUGACAAGGCCUUCAGCUUUAAAUCACUCCUCAUUUGUCAUAAGAGAAUACAUACUGGAGAAAAACCCUAUGAGUGUAAUGUAUGUAAGAAAACCUUCUCCCAUAAAGCAAACCUCACUAAACAUAAGAGAAUUCAUACUGGGGAGAAACCCUUUGAAUGUCCUGAAUGUGGAAAAGCUUUCACCCACCAGUCCAACCUCAUUGUACACCAGAGGGCACACAUGGAGAGAAAGCCCUAUGAAUGCAGUGAAUGUGGCAAGACGUUUGCUCAGAAGUUUGAACUCACUACACAUCAGAGAAUUCAUACAGGGGAGCGGCCCUAUGAGUGUAAUGAAUGUGCAAAAACCUUCUUCAAGAAAUCAAACCUCAUUAUACAUCAGAAAAUUCACACAGGGGAGAAACGCUAUGAGUGCAGUGAAUGUGGAAAAUCCUUUCUCCGGAACUCACAACUGAUUAUACAUAUGAGAACUCAUACAGGAGAGAAACCCUAUGAGUGUGCUGAAUGUGGCAAAACUUUCAGCCAGAGGUCAACCCUUAGAUUACACUUGCGGAUUCAUACAGGAGAGAAACCAUAUGAGUGUACCGAAUGUGGGAAGGCCUUCAGCAGGAAGUCCCGCCUCAGUGUCCAUCAGAGAGUUCAUUUGGGGGAUAUACCCUGAGACUGCAACAGGGUGGCACUGUGGAAAUCUCAUCCACAAGAACCCUUCCCAUGGGGAGAAACUCAUGAAGGAAGUUAAAGAAUGUGGGGAUUCAUAGUGAGAUACAGUCUGUCAACUCAAAAAUGUGUUAGAAAUAGGAUCCCAUAAGAACAAUAUUAUACUGGAAAUUAGGUAUGAUACCCAGCUAAGGAAUACAUAUCAGAAUAUAGUCACUUAUGCAUAGAUAUGCUCAGCUAGCUAUAUUAUAGUGAGCUUUUUUAAAAAGUUUGAAUGAGUUGAAUAGUCCAGGCAGCAGUAUAAAGGAUAUACAAACAGUACCAGAAGUAUGUAGUGGUUAUAUCUGAGAUUGUGCCACAAGAAACAAAUCGUAUGUUUUAGAUCUGAAUAUGUGAAGUUAGCACAGUCACAGGGAGUUUGAAAUUCUUGUCCUCUGUGAUAGUUAGGAUACAUCAAAGAAGACUUUCCGUGCUAAGCAUCACUUGUGUUUAUCAGUACCUUUCCACCCAGUGUGCAUUCCAGUGAAAUUUGUUAACAGUAUAAAGUAGCAGGUAGUUUAUCUUCUUCCUGCUGCUUGCUGGCAUACGUAAAUUGGCAUGGCCAUUUUUACUGAGCUACCUUUUCAGUAAACAGUAGACAAUGUUGAAGUUUUAACCUGCUUCUGGGUUUCCCAAAGAUUAUGUAGAGGCAUUAUUUACAUAAAUAUGCAAGUGUGAGAUAAUUAAGAGAUCUAGAGAGUAGUUGGAGGCAGACGGAGGCUGUGUUAUGCAGCAUGCACCACAGAACUUUAAAAGUGCACUGGAAAGAGAAUAUCCCUAUGCAUCAUGCUCUAGUUAAUUUUCAGAGGGAUAUUUACAUAAAAUUGCACGUGCACUGCCACAAUAUGUACAACCCCGAAACCACUUGUAUUUUUCUUUGUGUUGCUUUGGUUUUCUUAAUAUUUUAGGGAUAGUCUUGCAAAAAAGGUUAAAAUGAUUAGGUAAUUCACAGCUGUUAGUUACACUUCAGAGACUUUAGAAGAAAAUUAUUUUAUUUUGAGAAACUGUCAAAAGAUGUCUGUUUGCUUUAAGAUUGCUUUUCAAAAUUUUCAUGUGCACAGUCUGCUUUAGAAAUGAAGUUCUUGAAAGAGGUAUUUCUACUUCUUUGAGUUUCACUAUCAUCAACCUAAAACAUUUCCUUUGUAACCUAAUUUACUAUAACUUUCCUGUAAAAGUUCAAAGCAUACCUCCUAAGUUAGAUUUUCAGUGGUCUCACGAUAUAUUGUUUGAUGAUUAAUGUAAAAACAUUUCUUUUAUUGCAUAAACAGAUAUACCAUUUUAGGCUUGAUUCCAGGUUCAAAAGUUCAGCCUUUCCCUGUCAUUCACAAAUCAUGCAUUAGAAUUGUAUAUAGUAGACAUAACUGUUCUUUUUUCUUUUAUUAGGUAUUUUUAAAGACCAUUGAUGUGAUGUAACUACUUUUGAGUGUGAAUGACCUUCUUUUUUUUUUUUUUUUUUUUUUUCUGCUUAGAUGUCUCAUACAGUUUCAUUUUAUUGACAAAUAUACUUUUAUGUAGGUUUUCUCAUGAGCUACAGUUAAAAAUACAGAAAGAUGGCAGAAAUAUUUCUUUGUCUAAAAAACCCCAAAACAGAAAGAAGGAAAAAGAAAAAGAUGAUUCCUUAGGUGAAGAAAGAAAAACACUUGUGGUGCAGGUAAAUGUCCAUAUUUUAAAUGUGUAUUGUAUCUUAAAUUUAACAUACCUGAUUAUCAUUUAAUAUUUUGAGGAAAAAAGUAAAGAUUAAAAAAAGUUUUCUGAGUGUCACCACUCAGCAUGUCAUUGACUUUUUUUUUUAUCUUCAUUUUAUUGAGAUAUAUUCACAUACCAUGCAGUCAUACAAAACAAAUCGUACUUUCGAUUGUUUACAG